CCUUAACCCCUCCUUAAGUUUUACAUCUACAACUUAACCUUUCUUCUUUAACCCCACAUUACUUGCUUUGCACGCAAGCCACCAUACCUAGCUAGUUCGACGUACUCGUCUACGUAAUUCUACGACGAUGGCAAAGGUUAUUUUCGGUAUAACACUCAUGUUAUUACUAACCACACUUUCAUCUAGCAUUACCAAUGCUCAAUCCACUAAUACAUGUACUAAUCACCCUUUUCAAUCAAACAACCAACAACAACCUAACUACAAGAGUUGUGUUGAUCUUCCUUCAUUAAACUCUUUCCUACACUACACUUAUUCCCCGGCCACCGAAACCCUAAACAUCGCGUACCGCCACCCCGUUGGUGGCAGCACGGGCCCCGCCACCUCAAAGUGGGUGGUUUGGGCCAUUAACCCAACAUCCAAAUCCAUGGUGGGAUCACAAGCAUUAGUAGCAUACCGUAGCCCUAUCGACGGAACCCUAACGGCGUAUACGUCGCCAAUCACGUCGUACGGGACGAUGCUUGAGAAGGGUGAUUUAAGUUUUAAUGUGUCGGAAUUAAAGGCGGAGUUUAGUAACGGCGAGAUUGUAAUAUUUGCGACGAUUAAGGUUUCUAUUAAUGGUAGUACACAAGUUAACCAAGUUUGGCAAGAAGGUCCGUUAUCUAGUGACGGAACUCCUCGGAUGCAUUCGCUUUCCGGCGAUAAUGUUCGGUCCAUGGCGUCGCUUGAUCUUCUUUCCGGUGUCAUUGCUCCGGCCAACGGUGGUUCCGGCGGGUUUGGUACUUCUUGGAAGAAUACACAUGGAGUGAUAAACACAAUGAGUUGGGGAAUUCUAAUGCCAUUAGGAGUAAUAAUAGCAAGAUAUGUCAAGUUCUUCCCAUCAGCAGAUCCAGCAUGGUUCUACCUCCACGUAGGAUGUCAGUUAACAGCCUACAUUUUCGGCGUCGCGGGCUGGGCUACCGGGCUCAAGCUCACGAGUGGCCCGCAACACAUUCAUCACCCGACCCAUAGAUGUAUCGGUACCACCAUCUUUUCCAUGGCGACUCUUCAGGUGUUAGCCCUUUUCGUAAGGCCGAAGAAGGACCAUAAGUACAGGGUUUACUGGAACGUGUACCAUCACUCGGUAGGAUACGCUACGAUCAUACUUGGUGUAUAUAAUAUCUUCGAGGGUUUCAGGAUCCUUAAACCCGAUAAUGUAUGGCGGGUCGGGUAUGGUGGGGUACUUUUGGGGUUGGUGGUUAGUUUUGUUGUACUUGAAGCGACUACUUGGUAUCUUAGUUUCAAGAGAAAAAGGAUUGCCAAUGUGGCGGAAGAGAACAAGUCAAGUAUCAACCACGUUUAACACCUACACGUACGAUUUGACAAGACGACAAAAUGUAGCACAUUGUGACCGGCCGCAUAUGUAUGUAAUGUUGUGAGUUUUCUUCUCUGUUUUUCCCUUACAAGAUUCUCAUAUUGUGAUAAUUUAUGUAUUGAUACAAUGUACGUACUAAAGUUGACUUCAUCAAUUUUUAUGUUAAAGUCAAAGUUAUCAUA